ACUCUAGGCAGAGCAAUAGCAAAGAGCAACUUAAUCUGACUAACGAUAAAAUAAAAUUCGUUAACCUGGGACUUUUUAAUAAUUAUUAUUAUUAUUCACAAGACUUCAUCAUUUUAUGUUUCAGUGCCAUAAAGCUGGUGGCCAGUGGACCUUCACCGGACAUUUUGCGGAGACUUUAGCGGAGUUUUUGUGCGCGAGGUGCAACAUUUACCUGUCCCACCUUAACAGUUGCGGCUCCGCUCUCCCCAGUAGUGCGCCCAGUGCCGUCUGGACCUCAAAGACAUUUACACGCAGCAAGCUAAGGUUCAAACAUGAGUCUGCUAUGGAUCUGUCUGUCUCUCCUUUGCUUGGCUGCCUCUUCGAAAGCCAGGCCACAGACAGAUACAGCCCAGAAGUGCAAGUCUGUGGAUCUCGUGUUCAUCAUUGACAGCUCCCGGAGUGUGCGUCCUCAUGAAUUUGAGACCAUGCGCAAGUUCAUGAUCAACAUCAUCCAGACUCUAGAUGUGGGCCCCAAUGGCACACGGGUGGGCGUGGUUCAAUACUCCAGCCAAGUCCAGACUGUCUUCUCUCUCAGCACCUUCGCAAGAGUGGAAGACAUGGUCAAGAGCAUCAACGAAAUCAUCCCCCUGGCACAGGGCACCAUGACGGGUCUGGCCAUUCAGUACACCAUGACUGUGGCCUUCUCGGCCAUGGAGGGUGCCAGGCCCAAUGUCCCUGAUGUCGCGGUGAUCGUGACGGAUGGGAGACCCCAGGAUCGCGUGGCUGAGGUGGCUCUGGCCGCCAGGCAGAAAGGAAUUGAGAUUUUCGCCGUGGGCGUGGCCAGGGCAGACAUGAGCUCCCUACGUGCCAUGGCCUCAAGACCUUUGGAGAGCCAUGUGUUUCUGGUCGAGUCCUUCGACCUCAUCCACCAGUUUGGGAAGCAGUUCCGGGGAGAGCUGUGUGAUAAAGAGGUGGACCCCUGCCUGGAGCCAAGCCAUGGCUGCGAGCACAUUUGUGAGAGUUCAUCAGGAUCCUACCACUGCAAGUGUUUCCCUGGGUAUCGGCUGAAUUCUGACGGCAGGACCUGCUCAGCGGUGGACCUCUGUGCGGAAGGGAAGCACAACUGCGAGCAGAUCUGCACCAGCUCCCCUGGUUCCUUCGCAUGCAGCUGCAGGACUGGUUACAACCUCAACCGAGACAAACGGACCUGCACAAUGAUCAACUACUGCUCCUUCGGGAAUCACAGCUGUCAGCACGAGUGCGUCAGUGUCCUCAGUGGCUUUUUUUGCCGGUGCGACGAAGGAUUCGUACUUCAGGAGAACGGGAAGGACUGUCAGCGGGAGAACCUGUGCAAUGUUGUGGAGCAUGGCUGCCAGCACCAGUGUGUCAGCGCCCCAGGCUCUUACUACUGCAUCUGCCCCGAGGGUCAGGUGCUGCAGGAUGACGGCAAGACAUGCGGCACUUGCAGAUCUGCAAAUAUCGACCUGGUAAUGCUCAUUGAUGGCUCCAAGAGCGUGAGGCCUCAGAACUUCGAGCUCGUCAAGCAGUUUGUGAACCAGGUUGUGGACUCCCUGGAUGUGUCGUCCCACGGCACUCGGAUUGGCCUGGUGCAGUAUUCCAGCCGUGUCCGCACUGAGUUCACCCUGAACAGCUUCACCAAUGCCCAGGACAUCAAGGAUGCGGUGAGGAAGGUGGAGUACAUGGAGAAAGGCACCAUGACGGGCCUGGCACUGAAACACAUGGUGGAGAACAGCUUUUCAGAGGCUGAGGGUGCCCGUGUGGCCAACAAGAACAUCCCCAAAGUGGGCCUGGUCUUCACGGACGGCCGCUCCCAAGACGACAUCACAGAAUGGGCAAAAAAUGCAAAGGAUGCAGGCAUCACGAUGUACGCUGUGGGCGUUGGGAAGGCGGUCGAGGACGAGCUGCGUGAGAUUGCCUCGGAACCCCUCGAGAAGCACUUCUUCUACGCCACCGACUUCUCUGCCAUCGGACAGAUUGCAGAGAACCUGAAGCUCAACGUCUGUGCAGAGGAAAGUCAGGGAGAGAUAGAGGUGAAGGAUCCAUGCACCUGUGAGAGCCAGGUGGAGUUCCAGCAGACCACCAUGCUUGCUUUGGAUCAGCUGACACAAAAACUGGCUGUUCUGACAGCCAGACUGGAGGAUUUGGAGAACGAGCUACUGACUCGGAAAUGAGUCCCCUGUGAUCGCCACCAUUUUUCCAGUCUUGCUUUCUUUUUCUCUCAGUAGAAAGUGCUACUUGUGUAAGACGCUCCUCAAACCAUGUGACAAUAGACAAUCAUUAUACAAUAAUAUACAUAAUACAAUUGAUCCAGCAUUUGGUCCCUGUUAUAUGUGCACUGGUAUCACAUUGUAUACUUGGCAGUGUUUUUUGAAUGGUUAUUAUGUAAAUUGUGUAAUGUUUGUAAGAUCAAGAUGGUUUCACCAACUCCAGGCUUUAUUUCUUUUUGUGAUAUGCAUUUACCUUUUUUUUAAAUUAUUACAUUUUUAAUGUUUAAUUUCUGUCUAUCAAUUACGGCUGAAUAAGAGUUCUGUAUAUUUCACAUUCGCCAACUGUGCUGAAAGAGACAGUGUAAUGUUUCCAAAUCAUUUCUAAUAAUAAAUAUCCAUCCAUCAUCUAA